UGCGGCUGCGGCGGUGGCGACGGAACUGUUGGGGCGGGGUAAUUGGGGGAGAGAGACGGAGCAGUGACAGGUACCGCCGAGGGUGCUGCUGAGGCGACGAUGGCAGAGGGGCCCGAGGAAGCCCGAGGCCCCGCUCCUGGGCAGGACGAAGGCGGGGGGGACCACGAGCCGGUCCCUUCCCUGAGAGGGCCUCCUACCGCCGCCGUCCCAUGUCCCCGCGACGACCCCGAGGCCGAACCCCAGGCCCCGGGCCGGCCCACAGCUCCGGGCCUCGCAGCUGCCGCCGCUUACGAAUCGGAACCGCCGCGCGAGCUUGGGAAGUGCGGGGAGGCGGCCUCCGGCUCCGGUGCAGGGCCGCCAGAGCAGGCGGGCUGCGAGGCGCCCGAGACCGCGGCGCCGCGGGAGAGACCGGCGCGGCUGAGCGCCCGUGAGUACUCCCGGCAAGUGCACGAGUGGCUGUGGCAGUCCUACUGCGGCUACCUCACCUGGCACAGCGGCCUGGCCGCCCUCCCCGCCUACUGCAGCCCCCAGCCGUCCCCGCAGAGCUUCCCCUCGGGCGGCGCUGCAGCCCCCCAGGCCGCGGCGCUGCCGCCGGCCCCGCAGCUGGGCUAUUACAGCCCCUUCUACUUCCUGAGCCCCGGGGCUGCGGGGCCCGACCCGAGGACAGCUGCCGGCCUCAGCACCCCUGCUCCAGUCGCGAACCUGGGAGCCCGGGCUCCUCAAGUGCAGUCGUCCGUCCGGGCCACUCCAGUGACGAGGGUAGGAUCCGCAGCCCCUUCGCGAAGCCCGAGCGAGACCAGGCAGCAGGCAGGCAGAGAAUAUGUUAUUCCAUCCUUGGCCCACAGAUUUAUGGCAGAGAUGGUGGAUUUCUUUAUUCUCUUCUUUAUAAAAGCAACCAUUGUCUUAAGCAUUAUGCACCUCAGUGGGAUAAAGGAUAUCUCUAAGUUUGCUAUGCAUUAUAUAAUAGAAGAAAUAGAUGAAGACACAUCAAUGGAAGACCUGCAGAAAAUGAUGGUUGUGGCUCUUAUAUACAGAUUAUUGGUUUGUUUCUAUGAGAUCAUUUGCAUUUGGGGAGCAGGUGGAGCUACCCCAGGGAAGUUCCUGCUGGGGCUUCGAGUUGUGACAUGCGAUACAUCAGUGCUUAUUGCACCAAGUCGGGUUUUAGUGAUUCCUUCCUCAAAUGUUAGCAUUACAAUGUCCACUAUACGGGCUUUGAUCAAGAAUUUUUCUAUUGCUUCUUUUUUCCCUGCUUUCAUCACACUGCUGUUUUUCCAGCAUAAUCGAACAGCCUAUGACAUUGUAGCAGGAACCAUUGUGGUAAGAAGAAAUGGGGCCAGAUGAUGUCCCCCAAAGCCCUGAUUUCCACACACUGUAAUGACAAGACUAAAUUAUGUAUCAAGGCCAUCAGUAUCCCUGGGUUACACUAAUUCAUGAUUUAGAAAUUAAAGCAGUCACUCCAGUGUGAUGCAGGUGACUAUUUUCAAAGUACUGAUUUUACUCGAAUGCCAAAGAACUUUUCCAGCAGAAAAACCUAUUAAAUUCAAGUAAAUUUUUAGAUCAAAAAGGCAAAUGAUUUUAUCAACAAUGGACAAUAUAUACUUUCUUAAGAUCUAAGGCAUUAGGAUUUGCUGAAAGCAUUUCCAGCUUUGAAAUCUCCAAAUGAAACUUUAAAAUUUGUUUUGAUUUACCCCAAAAUAAUGGAAAAUGUUCAGCUGUGUUUUGUAAACACCUAUGUAACUCAUCUUUUGGUUUUCAAAUUCCUGGGGCAAUUGUCUUUGGUGUUUAGGGGAGGGAAUGAGAACACAAACUGGACAAUCCACUCUCUCCCAUCCCAGGAGAUGGUGAGUUAGCUGCCAGAAAGGCAGGCCUAGCAGUUCCCUUACCUGAAGUUUCCAGUCUGUACUGCAGUUCCCUCCGGUGAUCAUGUAACUUUACAAGUAUUCUUAAUGCUUGAACAUGUAUUUGGGGACAAGUUUCUCAUGAUGAUGAAAAAGUAUUAAGUCAUAUUGCUAUGUUAUCAUUGAUUUUUUUAAAGGUAAGUUAGUACGUUUAAUGGUGGGAGGAGUAAAUUUUCACUGUACAUUUAACUUACAAUUUAUGUGCAAGUGUUUUCAGUGCCCUGAAUCAAACUAUAAAUAUGUGGGGAGAAAUUACUUCCAUCAAACUAUUGCAUAUUUACUGUAAAAGUAUUUCCAGUAUGUGUGCAGCAUGAAGAAAGUAUUAGUGCUUUUCAGUGUUCUCAAUGAGUGUAAAUUCUAUUUAUAUACAGCAUAUUCACAUACUACUUUCCUUAUAUUUUACAUAGUUCCGCGACUGUUGAAAACAUCAAGAAGAAAAUUUAAUAGUUCAUCAUUAACGCUAAAUACUAUUAAUAGCUUGUGAAAUAUUAGCAAUUUUCCCAUUAUGGACUGUUCUCUCUAAAGCAAGGGAGACUGUUGUUCCCAGACAUUAUUCUAGGUUCUGUCUGCUAGGGAUAAAGUUUGGGGGGAAAAUGUUACGCAGAGUAAUACUGUGUAUACUGCCAUUUUGCAUUAUUGUUAUGUUGUUGAAGCAAAACUGUAGGGUUUUAUAUGUGUGUGCUUUGCUAGAUGUCCCAGUUAGCUGUGCUGCGAUGUACCUGUACUAUUUAUGGUUUAAGUUUUGAUUCUUAGGUAUUUUUCUCCAGCUCUGACAUUGUCUUCCAGAGAUGCACUAAACUGUAUUGCACAGUUCAAAAUUUGAUUUAAGGAAUCUAGGCAUUUGUUCUUGGUCUUAAUAGCAAACACAGUACAUGUCUAUUACCACUGUAUUUUCAAAGAUUUUUUUCUUUGACAUUUAAAACUGUGACAACAGAUAUUACACAUUUGAUUACAGAAAUUUAAUGUCUUUAUUAAUACUUUUAUUAUAAAAUUUCAUAAACCAUGUUUUUCAAAACAAGUUUAUAUUAAAUCCAGCUUCCCAGAAACACUAAUAUUUAAGUAUGUCAAUGUACUAAAUAAAUCAUUCACUUGUACCCAUGGGGAAGAUUUGGUGUGACUGCCCUUCACAGUAAAAAAAGAAAAAUCUUUUAUUUUUAAAAUUAGAUUAGGAAAUGUUACAUAACUUAUAACUUGGCACUUUAGUAGUGUGUACACUAGCAUUAGUUUACACACUACUUUUGCCACUGGGACAUUCAAGUUGAAAUGUCCCUCAGUCAUAGAACUCUGGAAUAUAUCUUUCAUUCAUAAUUUCUGCUCAGAUAAUACCUUGCCAUCUAGGUUAUUUUUGUUCAUACUAUAAAACAAAGGCAAGGUAGUCCAGUUUAAUUUUGUAUGCUUGGAACAUUGCCCAUUUUCUAGGAGUCAUUCAGAUUACUGUUUAUGUAGGUUCAGUCAGAUCCAACCACGGAUUCGAGUUACUGUAUUAUAUAACCCUAUAAAAUACAUAAAAGUAUUAUUACUUUGCCUCUGUAAUAGAACCCGAGAGACUAUUCUGUUUCAGUUUAUGAAUUCACCGUUUGCACAAAGAGAUUUUGAUUCCCAAAGUUUGGGAAAGAAUGACAAAACAAUGAGGGAAGAAAGAGCCAGGCGUUAGUGCCACAUAUUUUUCUCUAGGGGUUGUAAGGUAGAGUGUCCUUUCAAGAACACUUUAUUGUAUUUCACUUACAGACCUGAUUUUCUGUGUCAAAGUAUAAUUCUCAUGCUGAAGCUCUAGCCUAAAAAGGCAGAAAACAGUUAUCUUCAUUCUACAACAUAUUCAUCACUUUAAUAAGAAGGGAACAAAAUUUAGGAUUCAAGCUGAGUGAGAAUACUGUUUCAAUGAACAUGUUCCCUAAGAUGAAUCAGAACUGGCAGUUGAUUUAGGUGUCUAGAAGAAACAGUUCCCACCAGUAAAAAUAUGCUGAAGGGCUAAUGCACAUUGAGAAAAAUCUGACAUACUGAAUAAAUAAUGUUCAUGUGGGAGCCAGGAGCUGGGUUAGCCUUGCCUUUAGACUGUGACUACAGAAAUAAAGGCAGCACUUUUGGAACUAAUAACAGCCUUAACUUGUAUCAUAAAGAGGACUGCCCAACUGAACUUUUGCUCUCACCAGCUCGGUAUUUAUUUCUGCCUAAGUACUCACCUUCCAAUUUUACCCAAGUAUUUAGGAUAGAAAAACAAAUGCAUUAUAUUUGAGAGCUACUUCACCUACAUUACAAAAUGAGUCAGUGUUUUUAGUUUCAAGGGACAGUAAAAAGAAAGGAUUUGUUCCCUUCAGUGACUUGUUUGGGUAUUUCAGUGUUACGCCUAAGUUUCUAGCAAAGGAAGGGUAGAAAGGAGUUGAAAAUUACACUACUUGGGAAUAAUGGGCUUUUUGAGGGGGAUAUGGAUAUUAAAUGUUUCCAUUAGGCAGCUGUUUUUUUGAAUAUGCCUAAACAGUAUUCCUGACGAGAAACAUGCCAAUUACCUGACGUUCCUUGUCCCCAGUACAACAGGCCACUCACGAUAUCACAAAAAGUUCCUCAUUUCAAACAGUGUACAUAUUUCUUUAUGGUUCAUUAUAGUAAGGCUUGACCUGUAAACAGUAUCUGAUCGCCCACCUAUAAAUAAAAUUCAGCAUUCUAUUUUUAAUAAUGUGUAUGCCACCAAUUUGUAUUAUUUGUCUCAAUAAAUACUUAGUCAUCAACACGUC